AGUGCACCCUUUAAUGGGGCUGCCUAGGUACCAUGACUUAUCGACACCUCUCGUCCCUUUGAGUCUUCCAUGUUAGCUUAAUACUUCCUCCAUUCCUUGGUAAUUCUGAUAUAUUGGUUGAAUCGUGGUUUUAACAUUGCUGUGUAUUCCUUUCUGAAAGUUUCGUCUUGUGGUGAUUAUAUGAUGGCUACAUCUAUCUACCAUCCACAUAACCCCCUAGUACCUUGCUUGUCCAGUAGUACUGGUAUGGAGCUCUUACGGGUAUUAGCUCGGUAUAGAGCUACCUAGGUAGCAUGGAUUAAAGAGCCCCAAAUAGGUGUAUACACUAGUCGCUACUUAAGUACAUCCGACUGCCUGACAUCAACGGGGUGUAGUAUGGGUGCUUUUUAUUAUCAUUUAGAAGUAGCUUCUUCAUUGCCGUGCUUUUAGCUUCUCUUUGACAUCGGAGACUGAAAGUCGCUGGGCCAGUAUUCGCCCGGGUAAAGAGGCGAGAGAGGAACGUCUAGGGUGUGACGUUCCUGCCAAGUGUGCCCUGGCCGCACCGCUGCGCACCUGCGCACCUUACAUGUAGGUACCUACCUGAGCUUAUCCAGGCAGGUAGAUCAUGAGAUCAUCCAGAUCGUUUAUCCCUUCAGACUCCCACGACUACAUACUUACCUGACAUGGUAAAUGGUAAUCCGGAUGCAGAUUGCAAGUAUUUGAUGCACUGGACACAUUGUGGCACACUUAACAAUGGCUACCAUGCUGCGGCAGUACAUGAGGGACGUCUCUCCGUUCCUCCUCUUGCUCGUCAUCAUCAGCACCCUAGGCCCGCUGCAGUUUGGAUAUCACAUCGCUGAGCUCAACGCACCACAAGAUGUCAUCUCCUGCCGCGUUCCCAAGUCGUCAUCAUCCAGGCUGGCUGCCGCCUUUUCCUCUUGGACCUCGCAUUCGAGCUCGAACCGCGUUUCUGCCUCUGCGACCUUCCCCAGUUGCAUCCCGAUGAACGAUGCCCAAUUCGCCGUCGUAUCGAGCAUGUACAACCUCGGUGGUUUGAUAGGCGCACUCGCCGGCGGUCCCAUAUCCUCAACUCGAGGACGACUGUUCGCUAUGCGUCUGACUGGCCUAUUCUUCGGUGCCGGGUCCGUUCUCCUGACUCUGGGAACGUCCAUUGCUGUCAUGUCCAUCGGGCGAAUUCUGGCUGGAGUAGGUGCUGGCGCCGCCACUGUUAUCGUCCCCAUAUACAUCAGCGAGGUCGCACCUCCUCGCGAACGGGGUACUUUUGGCGCCAUGACUCAAAUCAGCAUCAAUGUUGGUAUCCUAGGGACCCAGACACUAGGCUUUUUUCUAAGCUCCGAGUCCACUUGGAGAUGGAUCUUUGCUACUGGUAUCGUCAUUGCCGCUCUCCAAAUCCUUGGCCUCUUCGUUAUUCCCGAAAGCCCGGCUUGGUUGGCCACGCAUAAUAACGUUGCCGAAGCCAAGCGUACUCUGCAGCGGAUUCGCGGCAAGCACUAUGAUAUUGAAGAGGAGACAGCCGCUUGGGAUUCGGGCACUGCGUCGCCAGAGGAGGAGCCGCUACUCGAUGACUCUCAACACCCGCUGAAUCCUCCUAGCCCUAGACGAGCUUCAGUCUCGAGCAAGGGAAGCAGAAAUUCUGGUUCUCACUUGGGCUUCUUCCAAGUUGUCAGAGAUCCGCAGUAUCGUCCAGCAUUGGUGGCAGCUGUUGGAGUCAUGGCCUCCCAGCAGCUGUGUGGAAUCAAUUCCAUCAUUAUGUACUCGGUGUCUCUACUAAACAAUCUUCUACCCAUAAGCUCGGCAUUAUUGACGAUUAUUGUAUCUGCUAUCAACCUCUUUACUACUAUUGCGUGCUCGCCAUUGCCGGAUAAGCUUGGAAGAAAGACAUGCCUGCUUCUAUCCAUCUUCGGCCAAGGAGCAAGCGCACUUACACUAGCCUUGUCAAUACUCUUCGGGGCUAAAAUUCUCUCUGCCAUCGCUGUGCUGUUCUUUGUAGCCUUUUUUGCCGUUGGCCUCGGCCCCGUGCCUUUCAUUCUCGCAUCUGAGAUGGUAGGCCCUGAAGCAGUGGGCGCGGUUCAAUCUUGUUGUCUUGGAGCUAGCUACAUCACUACCUUCUUGGUGGCUCAGUUCUUCCCAAUCAUCAAUCUCGCUCUGAAUAAGAGGUUUGGUGGUGCUGGCUGGGUCUAUUUCAUUUUUACAGGCUUGGCUGUCCUUUGCGGCCUGUUUGUCAUGUGGCGUGUGCCGGAGACCAAGGGAAAGAAGGAUGCGGAUGAGGUUUGGGGACGAACACGGCGCCUUGACUAGGAUCAUUUAUCGAGCGUCAUUAUGUAUUGAGAUAGGGUGCUGGCUGGAAGAUUGUAACUUGGUUUCGACUACUGGUAAUCAUGAAAGACUUGGGGGGGGAAAGAGGCGAAUUUUUGUUUCCGCGUAAACUCGCGCAAGUAGUAGUAGUCAGUUGAUUAUUUAGCCGGCC